AUGAAAUGGACUAAAGGCUCAAAAGAAGGUACUGUGGUCGCUGGAGGACAAGGCAACGGGGAUGCUCUGACACAAUUAUCGAGUCCUGCAGGACUGUUCGUUGAUACAUUAAGUACCGUUUAUGUAAUAGACACGAUGAAUUAUCGAGUGAUGCGUUGGCCUCAAGGAGCUGAACAGGGCAGUGUGGUUGUGGGUGCGGCUGUCAAUGCUGAGAAUAGAAUCCUUCAAACCCCACAACCGCAACCACAUACACCCUAA